CCAAACCAUCCCACAAUGCAUCGCGAUACAUACGUCAUUCGCUCCUCAAAAUCCAAGAUGGCGGUAUUUGCGAAACGGCCUAUGGUGUCUGUUUGAGGACCAAAAGCAUUAAACGAAGGCGCCGUGCCGCAGAGCAAGAAACUGGCAACAUUUACAUAGAAUAUUCACCGUAUAGUCGUCCAAAUCAUUAAACAGAAUCGUGUUUUGUAUCCUGAAAGAAGCGUUGCUCUGCUAGAAGACGCUGGGAAGCUAACUUAGCGUUAGCUGCCCACUAACUUUGAUAGAGUCAGAGGAAUAUCCAAAAGACAGAAGCUCGUCAGUUGGAGCAGAGGAAGACAGCAGGAGUUGCAGGGAUUCAAGCAUCCCUUCUCAUCAUCGGGCCCUGAGAUGACAUCACAGCAGCCUCAGCUCCCCAAUGCUGCUAUUCCUCCCCAGCUUGCCCACAACUCUUCUCAUCAGGCCCGGCCUCACAUUCAGGCUAAUCAGCUGGACUCAAGUCAGCACAGUGCAGCCGCUGGUCCUCUGGAGCACAGAGCUCUGACAGGCAGGCCUGGCUGCUCCGGUGUGGCUACAACCAGCGGGGCGGUGACCAACAGGAACGUUUCUUCCUCCUGCCCCAACUCCAGCUUGUCCAGAAGAGAUGGAGGCUUCGAGCCCUGGCCUGAGGAAGCAGUGGACAACUCCCACGGGCUGUACUCACUCCACCGCAUGUUUGAUAUAGUCGGAGCCCAGCUAACGCAUAGAGACGUCAGGGUACUGUCGUUUCUGUUUGUCGACGUGAUCGAUGAAUAUGAGCGCGGUGGCAUCAGGAGUGGAAGGGAUUUCCUGCUGGCCUUAGAGCGCCAGGGUCGCUGUGAUGAGACCAACUUCCGACAUGUGCUCCAGCUUCUGAGGAUUAUCACCCGCCAUGACCUGUUACCUUAUGUCACACUCAGGAAACGACAGGCCGUGUGCCCAGACCCCGUUGACAAGUAUCUGGAGGAGACGUCAGUGCGCUACAUUUCACCAAGAGGAGCAGUACAGAGCAGGGACGCAGCGCCUCACAGGAGGACAGGUCCUCAGCCAGUCAUCUGCUGCUCUCCGUCAGGACCCCAUGUUGGCCCGCCCCGAACAAAGCCAGCGACUCCCGUAUCCAACCGCAAACGGAAGAGAAGUCAUUCCUCAGCUGACUGCAGAGAGAAGCAAACAUGUGAUAUUCGCCUUCGGGUUCGUGCUGAAUACUGCCAGCAUGAAUCUGCACUUCAGGGCAAUGUCUUCUCCAACAAGCAAGAGGCAGUGGAGCGGCAGUUUGAGCGGUUCAACCAGGCCAACACUAUCCUCAAAUCCCGAGAUUUGGGCUCCAUCAUCUGUGACAUCAAAUUCUCUGAGCUUACCUACUUGGAUGCCUUCUGGAGGGACUACAUCAACGGAUCAUUGCUAGAGGCCCUUAAAGGGGUCUUCAUCACAGAUUCCCUAAAACAGGCUGUGGGCCAUGAGGCUAUAAAACUGUUGGUCAACGUAGACGAGGAGGACUACCAGGCAGGUCGGCGCAAACUGCUCCGUAAUUUGGUCACAAGCGGAGGGGCUCCCCCAGGAAGUAGCAAAGACUGUGUCUCUUAGAUACACUGUCCAGGUGAUAGCAUUCGGAAGGAACACUGCUGUGCUUCCCUCGCGGGGAAUAGAGUGAGAUGUGGUGGUGUCAUUUGAGGUGCCUGAAGUGCGUGCCUAAAAGAAAACUCAAGAAUUUCCAGCCAGCCCGUUGAUUCCUGGAGAGCGAAGACCGGAGGAUAUCUAGUUGUCACCCCCUAAGCGUAGCAUGCGAGGUGAUUGGGAACUGUGUCAGCAAAAAGUAGGCAAUGCAUUAAAGGUUGACAUAAUUUUGAAUAUGAAACUGUUCAUUUUCUUCAAGGGAGGAGAAUGCUGAUCUCAUGUGCAUUAAAUCUAAAGACAAGUUUGUUAUUUCUGGUAUGUUAGUUCAUUGAAACACAUUUGUUGACUCCCAUGAUGCUCUUAACUCCAGUUGAAAAGCAGAGUUACUACAGAAAACAUGCUUAAAGCUGACAAGUUACUCCCAGUGGGAGCUGUACUUUAUUGUCAAAGUGGUUCAUUUUUGGUGAAAACUUUCAGUUUUUCAGGUACAUUAUAGAUUGAUUGGAUUAAACCAAUCAGAAAGUGUUCUGUAUGUUAUAGAAAGGCACAGACCGUAGUAGACUUACCAUUUGUUUCUCUGUUUCUGUCAUCUUAUUAUCCUACUUCCCCAAGAAUUUUAAGAGUUUCCUUGUCUGUAAAGAUGAACCCUUUUUAGAGCCUAUUUUACCGGCUCAUAUUUGGUCACUCUCAACAUUAUUUGCUGUGUCCGAAAUCACUCCCUAUUUAGUAAAUAGUGCACUAUAUCUACCUUAUGCCAUUUUAUUUGAGUGUCUGAAUUCUGAGUGUGUAAAUGUAUCCACAAUAUAAUGUCCUCAAACUUUCUACAACCGAAUGAUGAAGGUGGUGUCCAUGGCAUGUUCACUACUAUGUGCUAACAAUCCCACAGUGCAGUGUAGCACGUUUCAUAGAUGCAAAACAAUACGUGUCUGAAAUCUCAACUUACUGCUCACUAUAGAAUAAAUGAUCGGGUGUUUUAUAUAUAGGGAGGAGUGAACGAGUGAUUUCUGACACAGCCGGUGAGUCUCGGCUUUCUUUUAACAAAAUCUCAAUAAUGACUUUUGUUGGACGAUGUAUUGUCCCCGAAAUAAUUGUGAUAAAAGAUAUUAUUGUCAUUUGAAGACCGUUUUAUGCCACAGUUGCAGUUAACAUGGUAAUAGCAGUUCAAAUACCAUACAUACCUGUUUGAGAGGUGCCAGGACCUUCACCGUCUUCACAUACCUGCAUCCUACACAAACAGCCCACACACCCCCAGCAAACGUUCACUAGCGAAGAGUUUUGGGUUUCUAGAAACGUCAGGAGCCGUUUUUAUUUGUCGGGGCGAGCGUGAUGCUCACGCAAAAAAAGGGAAUUUUAUGAGUUAAAUAUACACAAGUCCUUCUCUGUUUGUCUUAAAAAAAAGAAAACAUUCAAAUUUACAACCACCGCAUUAGUAUUGUUGGUGCUUUCUGCUGGUCUAUGUCAGUAGGUGGUAGUAUUAGCCAGGAUUCCUCUGGGGACCGGACGUUACUCAUAAAGCAGCACUUGUUGAACAGGAACGACGUUCAGCGUUCACUCACUACUGUUUACAACUUUUUCCAGGUUAGUGGGGAUGCAAAGUUUCUCAAAAACAAAAUGAAACAACUCAGUAAUGUUCCCCCAGAGUUUAACGUUUUAUUGUCAUAGCUUGCUAAAUGAAACAAUAAAAACAAGCGGUUUAUUGCCUGUUUCAUGUACACUACAUACUGCGGUUUUCCACAGUUGUGGUUCGCAAAAACUGGAUUAAUCAAAACGCUGAAACCUUCUGGAAACAACCUGCUGAACCAGUAGACAGACCACACAGUAAACGAUGCUGUUUAUUCUGGCAUCAUGUUAGCUAAGAUGUUCUCAACAAACAUGCAUAUAAACACAAAGAGCAAAACCGAUAAAGGUCAUGUCCGUAUCUAGUUUGAUAAGUUGAUGAUGUAAUUAUUGUGACAGGCCUAAUCUCAAAUAUCUUUUUAACAGCUGUGAUUCUGGUUGAAUUUUAAUCUCAGUCACUGCCAAUAUUUAAACCGUUGUGUUGAGUUUUAUCUGAUGGAACAUCGAUACGUCGUCAUUUACAGGUGUUUGAGAUUUUCAUUGUCGGCCUCGACCUCUUGACCUCCGCCUCUAACCCCUGUUCACUCAUUAUGUAAGACUGUUACAAGAUUGAAGUUUUAUUUGUUUUUUUAUUUGAAAUGACCUUGUGAAAAUCACAGCCAGUGUUGGUAGAUUCACUUUAGUUGUCAUGGUAAUAAGCUCAAGAACAGACACAGUGUAUGGGUGUCACGGUGUCAGCAGAGUCGUCUGUCGACUGUUUGUCGAUGGAACAGCUGUCCGUCUGUUCAACUUCGUCAACCUUUGAUUUCAGACAUUUAGUGCAAUUUAUUUGUAGCUUUCUCCACUGCCCUCUGCUUCCUUCCUCCAGAGGCACUAAACCGCAGGCUGACAGUGCGAGUGUGAAGCAUUUCAUUCACAAUGUGUUAUUCUACAAUUGUAUUCUGAGCAUAUGGCAAAAGUGUUAAAUGGGAUUGAUGGUGGGGUGAUGAUGGCAGGUUUGUUUACUGUGUGAAUCAGGAACACAGACGGCUCCCGCCUGGAUGUUUGUUCUCAUGUAGGUGCAGAACUUCUGAGCAUGUCGGCAGCCGUCUGACUGAAACACAGCACAGAGACUGUGCUAUGUUAAAGUAUUUUUUUUUUUAAAUAUAUUUAAUGACAACAUACUUCAAAUUCUUGCUUCUUCAGUAUCUCAUCAUGGUAACUAUGGUAUGGAAAGGUUAGAGAAAGAUUGUGGUCACAUUUAGUAAAAAGUUAGAUGUCAUGUACUUCCUGCACCUGCACUGAGUACUGACAUAUGACAGAAACCCUGUAGAGCAAACUCAAUCAAUAUGGACACAGUUCCCACGGUUACUGGGCUGCAGUCAUACAUUUUCACACAUUGUGGCUUUAAAAAGACAGCAUUAGACGGGUGUACCAGGAUUGACUACGACUCAAUGCAAACUCACAGUACUUUAGUUUGAAAACCACUGAUCUCUAUCAAAAAUAAUGUAGCAUAAUGCAGUUCUAUGAUGAGAUUAUUUCAAUCCUGUAACAGAAGUAGAUCGGAGACUGAAUAUCAUUGUAAUAAGACGCCAAUAUGUGGUAUUUUUCCUUUACUGUUCUGUUGCUCGGUGCACACAGCCAAAUGACUGACAUAAAUAAUACCAGUCAGCUCGCAGGCUCACACAAUGUAGCUGCAAAUGUGUACUUAGUCAGCAAAGUAGGGUUUGAUUCAGUUCUUCAAAAUAACAAUCGGCCCCUGAAGUGGGAUUGUGAAACUAAAAGUGUGUGUGUGUGUGUGUGUGUGUGUGUGUGUGUGAGAUGUAUGCUCUGGAUAAAUCCAACAUGUUAAAAAUCAAUGUGUUUUCCUUACUGGAAGAUCUGUGCUUCUGUCUAAACAGUUUGAUAAUGUAUCAUAUUUUGGUUGCGUAUUGUUUAGGGACGCCCAACGAAACUCGGCUCUGAAUUGGAGGAGGUCCAAGAUUUGUUACAUUUUUUUUUUCAGGUCGGUUCUCAACCAGAGAGAGUUUAACAGAGCUCUCUGUCAGUGUUCGACUUCCCAUUGUGAAUAUUUGUUCUUGUUGCAUUAUCAUUCUUUUUGCCAAAUUUUUGUAAUCAAAUUUUUGCCUCUUUUAGUUAAAGUGUGAGCUGAAAUUCAGCGUUUUACUUUGACGUAUCAUAUUAAAAGUUAAGUGUAUGAUUUUACUGUAUAUACGUUUCCUGCUAAAAAAAAAAAAAAAAGCCCUUACUUAUUAUCUCUGUUGUCAUCACAUCCAUGGGUACAUAUCAGAACACACAAGUCAUGAUUGGAAGGCCACUAAUACUGUGAAUUAUAUAAAGUAGGCCUACAUUUUAUAUUUUUACCCCAGUGGAAUUUCAUAUAAGGUUGAAAGUUAGUAUCUAUUAUAUAGGUUGGUGUAUGUUUUGUUGAUUGUAUGUUAUGUUAGUUGUUAAAUGCAGCUGUCUUUUACGCAAAAUUGCAUGUAACCUUCAUGAUCCCCAGAAAUGUCAUAGACGCUCACAGUGCUAACAUUUUGUAAAUAACUUUAUUGGAUGUCAGGUUUUCUUACUUUUGCAUUUCUUUCUGAAAACAGACACGUAGGACUGUUAAUAAAUGAAGUGGAUGGGUUUUAUUGAAGUCCCAAUCCUAAUUUUUCAUGUCACAUGGCACAUAUAAAAAUUAAUCUUGUUGGUGGAAAAUAAUGUACAAUUUCCAGAUCUGACUGUAAAACAAAAUAUAGAGGACAUAUUUACACAAGACGCUUCCUGAUAGAUCUAAUGCUUAUAAGUUGUGGAAUAAUCAACACAUGUAAAUGUUUAAACUGUGUAUGAACAUUUACACACUGGGCCUUGGUGCAUCUCACUUCUCUCAUACACGUGUCCUCAUUCCUUCCACUCGCCUCCUGCUUAUCAGCUCGUCACUCUAUGGACACGAGAAAGUCGACUUUCUCUAAUCCAGGCAACACUUUUUUUGACAAACUAGGCAAACCGAGUUUGUUUGGGCCAUGAAUGUUCUUGCAGAGACUUGAAUGUAAUGUAUGUCAGUAUGAACCAAACACUCUACCAGUAUGAUGGUAUAGCUUUCAACACAUGUAAGUGAAAUGAUAACAAAAGUUGGUGGUUAGUUCUGUUUAACUGUUGACCAAUAAAAGUAAGCCUUGCCGUUUUCUGUAUGCCAUGGAUACUCCGCAAUCAGUUAAUUUAUUGAUCACCAAACUGAGCUUUGACUAACCGCCGUGACAGCGGGUCUGCUGCCUGUCAGUCAGUAUGAUCCAACUUUGUACAAAAUAGAUUAAACAAAUUUCUGAAAAUA